CAGAGAGAGAGAGCUCCAAAUGAUUUUGACUCCGUGAAGUCAAGUCCAAGUAAACGCAAAGAAAAACAAAAAGAAGGGGUUUUAUAUGCAUAUGUGUAUACACACGUACACACUCUUGAAUACCAACUGCCGUACUAUUGCCAUAAUGCAGCAAAAGUUCAGAACAGCCUCCACCUCUAAUUUGCCGGUCGUAAACUCCAGACCAAGCCGACCGUUCUGAGUUACUGCAACAAAGGUGCUGAAAAAGGCUCGAGGGGUUUGCACGACAAGCUUCAUAAGAGUGUGCAUCGAUCAUGAGGCAACGCAGUCUGAUUUGGCAAGAGAAUGAGAUGCCGUACGUGGAUAUUGAGGCACAAAUAUCCGAGAAUGGAGAAACUGAAGCCGAUUCAGAAGAAAAGAAAACAGCCACAAAAAGGGAUAUUAACCCAGUGAGGUGGCUCAUUCGGAAGUGUAAUAUCGACCCACAAGGGAGGUUCAUUCGAACUUGGGAUUUGAUAUUUCUCCUGUCUUGUCUGAUAGCAGUAUCAGUGGACCCUUUGUUCUUUUACCUUCCUGUGAUCAAUGAACACAGAAGGUGCCUUACUUUAGAUAGCAGAUUAAAGAUCACAGCUACUUGUUUGCGAUCGGUUCUGGACUUCAUCUCUCUUUCAGAUAUUAUUUUGCGGUUUAUUUGUCCUUUUACAAACGAGGAUUCCCCUGAUCAACAACAUGGACAAACAAAUUUAAUUAAAGAUGCUUGGCCAAUAGCAAAGAGGUACUUGUUUUCCCGGUACUUCCUAAUUGACAUUCUCGCUAUUCUUCCAGCUCCACAGGUGGCAGUUCCAAUUAUAUUUUCAGAUGUGGGAAGUCAGACAUAUUGGAAAAUAUUCCUUGGCGCUGUCGUUCUCUUUCAGUAUGUGCUGAGAGUUUUACGAAUCUUCCGAGUAUGGAGUAAGGUUGAAAAGAGUGCCACCAUAUUUAAAGCUGUAUCAUGGUUGAAUGCUGGAAAUUAUUUUUAUCUGUACCUCUUUGCCAGUUAUGUAUUGGGUGCAUUUUGGUACUUUUCAUCCAUUCAACGACUGAUGGAUUGCUGGCACUUAGCCUGUAAACGUAAUAAGGGAUGCAACCCAAGUUCUUUUUUCUGUGACCACGAUGAUGGAAAUCACAUAUUUAAAAAGGAAUGGUGCCCUGUAAAAACACCAAAUUCAACAGCAUUUGACUUUGGAAUAUUCCUUGAAGCCCUUCAAUCCGUAAAAGCAUCACCUUUUCUUCAAAAGUGUCUGUUCUGUUCAUGGUGGGGCGUUCGAAAUUUGAGUUCUCUUGGUCAAAACCUUCAGACAAGUCCUUAUGAAUGGGAAAACGUUUUUGCAAUUUUUAUUACAAUCUCCGGCUUGCUUCUGUUUUUGUACUUCAUUGGAAAUGUGCAGAUGUAUAUGCAUUUGAAGAAAUAUAAGAAGUUGGAGAUCACUUAUAUGGAUAAGGAUGAUAAAGCAAGGAUGAAAGCUAAAGAAAAGAAGGCAGAGGAAUGGAUCUCUAUAAACCAACUUCCUGAUCAUAUGAAGCAAGAGAUCAUGUCCUGUAUAAGACAAAAACUGGGAAAAAAGGAAGAUAUUGAUACUGAGAAUCCAUUCCCUCAUCUUCCCAAACAUCUUAGUACUGAGAUUAGGCGCCAUCUUUGCUUGCCCCAGCUAAAGAAAGUGCCAAUGUUUCAAGAAAAAAGUGAAAAGCAGUUGCAUUUAAUCUGCAACGAACUCAAACAAGUAUACUACAAUGAGGAUAGCUAUAUUGUUCGGCAGGGAGAACCCCUUGAUCGGAUGCUCUUCCUGACACAAGGAAUUGUGUGGAAAUUCAGAACCUUUAAUGGUGGGGAAACAGCUUUGAGGGAAACUGCUCUGGGCAUUGAAAAAGGUGACUUCAUUGGAGAACAGCUUCUAACAUGGGGUUUUAAGGGCUCCUCCGCACCCAACCUAUCUAAGCUCCCAAUAUCUAAAGAAACAAUCAAAACCCAUACCAAAGUUGAAGCCUUUGCUCUAUUGGCCAACGUCUUGAGGACUCUAGUUCCCAAGGUGCAGGAAGAAGAUACUGUUAAAAGCGAAGCUGUCCAAGAAAACACUCCAGUUGAAGGUAAUCUUGAAAGUGCUGGAGAUGGAGAGAAUGCUGGACAUCAUUCAAGAUAA